GAAACGCUGUUCGAGUUUGAAACUUGGCUGAGCUCAGGGGAGCAGAGGAAGGGUGGGCAUUUCCUGGUCCAGCAGCGGUACUGUAAAACAUUUCAGGCCUGGUUUGUCAGCACAAACUGGGGAUGGCUCCGUGGUGAUGCGCGCUGUAGGCUUCACGCCGCUGUCGUCCCGUCGUGCCUUCGUGAAUCCUGACGGGCCCAGAAGAACCGCCAUGGCCUCUGUGGUGUCACUCCGCGGCACAUCUGUCACACUCCCCGCUGUGGUCACCGUCCUCUUGCUCCUGAUGUCGGUGACCACUGUGCAGUCCUCUCAAGGCGACAAGGAGCCAGUUUACCGAGACUGUGUGAAGCAGUGUGUCCGCACAAACUGCACCGGAGCUCGGCUAAACGGCUUCCUAUCUGCCCAGCCGCAGUACAUGGCACUGACAGGUUGGACAUGCCGUGACGACUGCCGCUAUCAGUGCAUGUGGACCACAGUCGGCCUUUACCAGGCUGAGGGGUACAGGGUCCCACAGUUCCACGGCAAGUGGCCGUUUGCACGCUUCUUGUGUUUUGAGGAGCCGGCAUCCGCGUUGGCCUCUCUGCUGAACGGCCUGGCUUGCCUUCUCAUGCUACUGCGCUAUCGGAGCACGGUGCCACGACAGAGCCCCAUGUACCACACCAUCAACGCCUUCUCCCUGGUAUCUCUCAAUGCCUGGUUCUGGUCCACAGUGUUUCACACCCGGGACACCUAUCUGACUGAGAAAAUGGACUAUUUCUGUGCAACAGCUGUCAUUCUUUACUCAAUCUACCUGUGCUGCGUCAGAACUUUGGGCCUAAAGCAACCCGGGGUGUCCAGCAUGGUGGGAGUCCUGCUCAUUUUGGUCUUUACCUCACACGUGUCCUACUUGACCUUUGUCAGUUUUGACUACGGCUACAACAUGGCUGCAAACGCCACAAUCGGCAUGGUAAACCUCCUGUGGUGGCUCUGUUGGUGCUGGCAGAACCGGCGGACCCUGCCGUACUGGUGGAAGUGUGGCCUGGUGGUGAUGCUGCUCCACGGUCUGGCCCUGCUGGAGCUUCUGGACUUUCCCCCACUGCUUUGGGUCUUAGAUGCCCACGCUGUUUGGCACCUCAGCACCAUCCCAGUGCAUUUCCUUUUCUACAGUUUCCUCAUAGAUGACAGCCUCUACUUACUAAACACAGAGAAGUUGGGUGUUAAAGUCGAGUAGGAGGAGCUCUUCGCCUCUUCACCUUGCCUACACCUUCGCACCUUUCCAGUCAGGGCAGCGGGACACCCGAACACUGAAGUAGCUCAGCCUCCCAGAUGACAUGCAUGAUAUCUCCACGACUUUCAUCAAAGCAGACUUUGUUUACAUUUUUUAAAUUUUAUUUUCUUGUUAUUUAUUUGGCGUAAAUUCUCGUUUAAAACAAAAACAACCACACGAUGUAUGACGCUCACUCCACUUUGCCUUGUAAUGAUGAUGCGUGCUACCUUUCUUUCUCCAUCAUUCGUAAGCGCACGACAGGAUGAAGCAAAGUAUUGAUUUCGACCCAGAGCAGACCCAACUCUUCACUCCAAGCGCUCCUCUGGGUUUUGUGUAUUUGUGCGAGUUCCCAAUCCCAUAAUUUUGACACUCACCAGCCUCUUUGGACAUCCAAACAGCAGUUUGAUGCGCUGACAAUAGAUGGCACCCUAUCAUUGGUCGGGCCUCUCGGUGUGGCGGAGCAACAUGUGUUGGGUUCCAUGUGUGCCGAAAGUGGACUGGCAGACACAAGCGAGGUGCCCCCCGGUGAAGGGGGGCCGGCAGCUGAUUGUUCCAGAGCGAGAGAAACGGGUGGGGGGGGAUGUUGGAGGCCAUUCUAGCUGACUGUGUUUUUCUCCCUCCCCCCUCACACCUUUAUUUUUGUGCCUCUCUUGUUUCCACUGUGCUUUUGUUUGUUGCCGUGUCCUUCAUUGUCACUCCGAUUUUUAUUUUUGUUUUAAUCACCUGCCUUCUUUUUAAAAAAUUCUGAUGUUGACCAAUUUGUGCUUUAAUUUGUUGGCAGUUUUGCUUACUUUGGUUGCUUGAUUUUUCUUUUUUCCUUUUACAUUUUGGUGAUUUUUGGAAGUAUUGUAAGUGUUUUUAGUUUUAUUCACCUGGAUUGCCUUUUAGUGUGAGGAAUGAUUGAGGUAGGAAUAAUGAGCAAUGCAACAGGAAGCUGUCUGUUUUUUAUGUUUUUUGUUGUCAUUUUUUCCUGCAUAAAGUUUCUUAUUCAGGGCUUAGUUGGUGUGCGAGUGUGUGUGAGUGAAUGAGCUGUUGUAUACCCAUUAAUUUUGACUUGGUUGCAAUUCUUUCUGCAGUAUUUUAAACAUCCUCCAUCCACAAAUCAGCCUUACACACUGCAUUAUAACUUGCGUAUCACUGAGCAUGUUAAGCUUUGAAUUCAUUCCAUGUACACCUUCGUCCUUCAGAGCUUCCCUUCCAUGCGUGCACUUUACAUGGGGGUGUGUGUGCACUUACUGUGCUUGUGUGUGAAACUGCGCCCAUGCCUUUGUACUGCUGUGUGAGAAUGUGAACAAUGACCAGUAUGUGUGUACAUGUUGCCUUGACAGGACAUUGUAUUGUUUUUUUUGUUGUUGUCGUCGUUUUUUAGCAUCAUAGACUGGAUCACCGAGUGUGAGAGAGCUAGAUCAUGCUGAUGUGUGAGCGCAUAUAUGUUGAAGGAUUGCUGCAUGAAUGCGUGUGAGAAGACGGGUAUAUUUAGCUUCGCUGACAGCCUGCGAUGGGGGUGGGGGAAGACAAGAGGACAAAAUGCACGGAGAGGUUUGGGUGGCAAAAAGAUUCCUGAAAUCACCACAGAGACACUGAACAGUUAUGAAUAGAACAGACUAUAUAUAAUGUAUACAGUGUUUAUUAUUGCAGAAAAAUGGUUUAUAUUCUCAGAUGGAGUGCGAGAUGUAUCAGCCCCUUUUAUUUGAGCACUUUUAAAGAGAAAACUGUCCAUUUAACACAAAAUCUUUGCCUGUUCUCUACCAAAAUCCUUUUGUUCACAGAUCAGAAAAUAGUGUUUUCACUGUAAUAAAAUCUGUUUGAAUAACUUAAAUAUUUCCUGAAGAGCUGGCAGAAAACACUCCAGUUUUUGCUGUGAUUUCAUCCCAUUGUUCCGUUUCUUUCUUGCCGGUAACCGCAUCCCUUCUCUCAUUCGUCUGCUGCCCCCUGCCUGCUGCCCUGUGCACUGUCACCUCUCUAACCAAGUGUACUUUCCUCCACCUCACAUCUAAUGUUUGACCAAAAAAAUAAAAAAAAUCUUCAGUAAUGGAA